UUUGGCAGAGGAGAUUUCAAAGAUGACGAUCAUGCAUCUACUCAAAUUGAUAAGCUUAUGCUUGAAUUUUCGUGUCUCACCGAAUGGGCAGUUCGUUUACUUUUACAUAUCUGUUCCCAUAUAACACCAUACACUGAAAAUGAGACAGUUAGACUUUUCAUCGAUCAGAUUGGAAAAUUUUUCAAUCGUCUUAGUGAAAGUAAACGAGAACUUUUCGAUUAUCUUAUGAAAGAAUUUGAAGAUCUGGUUUCUAAACUCUGCCUCUUCUAUGAUCAAAAUCGGAUCGGCCACAAAUACGAGAUCCUUAAUCUAACGACUAAAAAAUUGGCCCUGUUAACUGCUAAAAUGAGAGAAACAGAAGAACAUUAUGAUCCAACCCGUGAAUUUGAUUUCUCUCUGGAAAAUAUUCAUCAAGUUGAAUCUCUAUUCAUCAGUUGUAUUGAAAUUCUAAUACUUACCGGUAAACCAGUUAUCGUUUCCAUUGGAUUGAAAAAUGCUUGUCAAAUGAUGUACAACGCGGUCUCUAUCUGUAUCUCCUUUGCAAGUCCCAAAAUGGUUAUUGCAUCUCUCAAGUUUUUUCACACUUUUUAUCCAGUCAAAUGUAUUCAACUUGAUCCAAAUGCUGGAUUUUACUAUAAUAUCUGUUGGCUCACAGUUCACUUAUUUAAAUCAACCAGUUUAGACAAAGAUUUUUGUGUUUGCGUUGAGAAAAGUUGGGAUUUGUUAUUAAAACGUUUCGACCUGGAAUUGCAAAAAGCACAAAAAGGAGAGGACACAAUCGAUAUAAACGGAAAUUUCGAUGCAAUAAUAAUUGUUAUUGGUUGUCUAAGUAAAAUGAGCCCAAUUGGAACAACCAACUUGGUUCCUGAUUCAAUUGCCAAAGUGCUUCAUAAGUUACUCGAUUUAUGUCAUCUGAAGGAGCAAAAACUUACCGAUAUAAAUGUUUUCGAGCUUCAUUCAUUAUUCUGUGAUAAAAUUUCAUCAUCAAUUAACCAUGACAGUGUUUGGUUAACAUUAAUGAAAAGAUUAUAUACCAAAAAUUAUUUGGAAAUUAACUCUUCCUCUGUUCAUAGUUUUGUUAUUGACUCUGAUAUUGAGCUUCUCGAAGAUGAGGCCAAUUCAAGUCGUAAACAUGAAACUUUCCUCACCAAUUUGUGCCUUCAAAAUACUCAAAUUAUUUCAUCGAUAACUUCAUCCAAAUCUCUUGAAGAAAUUUGUCGUUUACAUAAUAUGUACACAGUCGAAUGGGAAACAAUUGCCACUCUUAGGAUGGUUGGUCAUUGCCUCUUAAAUCAAGGGAAUUUUGUCCAAAUUUUAAAAUUAGCUAAUUGGAUUUGUGAUACUGUUGUUACCAAUAUGAUGGAUGAAAAAAUGUUCAAAUUUAUUCUGUCCCUGUUGAUAACAAUUCUUAAAGCAAUCAAAGAUUUCGCUCCAACCGAUGUUAAAGAUUUGGAACAAAAGAUUCAAUUGGUUUUUCUAUUACCUCAUGUUUCUGAAACCUCACCACAAGAGGUUCUUUCCUCCAUUAAUCGAGAAUGGACAAAAAAACAUCUCUCCUCAAAUGAAGAGCUUAAUAUUUUAUCCGUCCAUGGAUUGGCCUUGGUUAAUUCUCAAACAACGUCCAAAUUUAUCUCCAGUAUUUUAAUCACUCAACUUUGUCGUUGGAAAGGAGAUGAUUACAUGUUUAAUCAAACACUUACCUUUGUCCUUCUAAAAAAUGACCAAUUGGUUAAUCAAGUUUUCGCCGCUAUCGAAGAUCGUGAUAAUAUGCCAUUUAUUGCUCGAAGUAUCGGUUUAGUUACAUGUUUCUUAAGUUCAGCUGAUAGAAAUGUUUCUUUUUCCUGUAAAGGUCCAUUCGAAAGGUGUCACCUAACCUUUCAGUGUAAUGGUUGCGCUGAUUGGGAUUCGUCGCACCAAAAGACAUCAUUGUCGGAAGACGCUGAAUGUAAAAUAAUGGACAUAUUUCACGAACUAAUUAAGAGCCAAGAGUCAAAUCUACUAACGACUCUAGGCAAAUGGAGCGCAUCUCGAGUUCUUCGUCAUUGUGGCUUCGAUCGAUAUUUCAUCACCUCACUUUUCAAACUUUUCUCAAUCGAGGACAAAGAAGUUGUUGAAGCUCUUCGAACGGUCUUUUUACCGCUCAUCAUAAAGCCAAUGAGCAGUGGAUCUUCGAGAGUUCCGAAAAAUGAGGUUUUCUUCAGCACUUUUAGUAAAUUUUUCUGUACAAUUCGACCUGAGAUCAAUUACUCAAUUGAAAUAACCGAAAUCGCCAAUAUAACCAAUCUAGCAACUCAUUUGGCUGAAAGUAAACUCAUUUAUGUUUUCGCUGCUUUUUUCUGUAAACUUUGGUCUGAUACUCAGUUGAUGAAAUACAUCCAUGGUCAAGUGAUUGCAAUUUCCUCUUUCCGUCAAAUUGAACCUCGAACUUUAUUCAACCGUAAUAAAGCCGAAAUUUGUACUAAAAUUGUCCACCUGAUAAUGGAUCAAAUUCUACCUGAAAGUAAUUUACGUGAAUCCAUUUUUCUCCUUCAAGAAGCCUUGGUACUAUUUCUUGAUGAUCGAAGUGAACUUGCAUCGCUGUUCACCGAAUGUUUGAAAUAUUUCGUCACAGCGAUCAUUCUUAGAGCAAAUAAUCAUGCCCGCUCCCUUCUCGAGAUUAUGGUUAAAGAGACUACAGACCUUAACUUGGACAGAGUACUUGAGACUAAUACCGGGCGACUUCCCCGUCAGUUUGUUACUCGGUCACUCGAAAGUAUCGAGAAAAGUUUAACUUUCAUAAAGAAUAUUCAAGACAAUCGAUCCUUAUCAUCAAUAUUUAAAGGCGAUUUCUUGUAUUCAAUGUUACUUGAAUAUCAUCGUAAUCCAAAUGUAACUUCAUAUGUUGUCUACAAAAUUUACAUUUCAGAGUGUUGAUCGUUCAAGAAAACUUUCAUCGAUUCAAAGUUUAUCCAAAAGUUGGAAGAUCAUUUGGUUCCUUUAAUUGUUUCAUUGAACAAAUUUCUACUUAAACAAGGAGAUUUUUAUGAGGACAAAAAGUGCGCAAUAGAAAGUCUCGGUGAUAUACUCGUUAUUCUUGGACCACGAACCAUUUCAAUCGCUAAAAUGAACAUCAUGGGAAUCCUGUUAACCGCUUUUGAUAAAGCAAAUGGGAAUAAUGAUGUUCUAAAGGCUUUAUUGAAUGUGUGGCAAAUUUUUCUCAACAAUUGUGGUCCAAAUGAUAUCGGUCCUCAUCUAUCUGUCAUUUGUAAAGAUUUGAUUCCAUAUUUUGAUGUAGAUUCCAGAAUAACUGCUUCAAUACUUGGAAAGAUAAUCAUUGACAACGAAGAGCAUUUGAAGGAUCAUUUCAAAGAACUUCAUUUUCUACCUAAUCUUCCAUGUAUGAAAGAAAUUCAUGAUGUUCUCAACAAAUAUCUAAUCACUAAACCGCCGAGCGAUGUUGUCGAAGCUCAAGAUUAUUUGGUUGAAAAUAUUCGCUUCUUUGAUGAACUUCUCGACAUCAAUAAUCCCGAUGUAAAAGCUUUACACUGUCAAAAAUUGCGACAAAUUUUAACCGAAUGUAAAACAGCUUUGGCCUGCCUUUGUGUUCCCAAUAAGGAAGUUUCAACUGAUAAAAUGAUCACUUUGAUUAUAAAAAAGUUACUCACAAAUUCACAGAUCUCAGAUGCGAAUCUAUUGACACGAAUUGCUGAGUGUCUUGGCGAAAUCGGUGCCAUCGAUCCAGGUCGUCUUGAUCUUAACCUCUUGUCCGCUAGUCAAAAUGUUGACGGAGGAUUGAUUGAAUUUGACGAACUUCCAAUUACUCUAUUAUCUAAACUGGCCUACUCAUUGGAUUCCAUUGACCAAUCCCGAAUUCGUGACUGUGGUUGUUACGCUAUCCAAGAAACGCUUAAAAGUUACGAUGUUACCGAAAACGAUCAAAUCUGGAAAAAGCUACCACCCGAUGUCCAGCGUGAUGUUAAACGCUUUUUGACAACUAAAUAUGUUUUCGUUGAACGGGAACCUGUCACAUCUCCUGUUUUCAAGGCUGAAAUAACUUACGAGGAAUGGGUUUACCGCUGGUCAGUUGCGCUGAUUGAGGUGAUAAAACGGCAAACCCAUAAAAGAGCCUUCGAAGCCUGUCUAGCCUUUAUAAAGUACAAUACAACUAUCGCUCGAUUUGUUUUACCGACCAUUUUCUGGAUGGCCUUACUAGAUUCCGAUGAAGACGAGAUAAAAUCUUUCAUUGUUGGUGAAAUAGAUGCAAUAUAUGAACAAAGACCUAAAGACGCACAAAACUGUCAACUCAUUUUCAACGACACUCUAAAUCCAGUUACAUCUUUACCUCGAUCUGAUGGACAACAGAAUAAAAGUGAAUUCUCAAAGGCUAGACUUCGAUGUGCUCGAACAGUUUUCGCUAUUUUUGACAGUAUUGCUCAAUUGAAGCAUAGAAUGUUUCAAAAUGUAAAAACAAGCUCAAAGGAUGAAAUUGAAGCAACAUCACAAAUGGAAUUACUUGAAAAAAAUUUAAACAAAGCUGAAUUAGCUGAAUUGGCUUUUGAAUGUCAAGCAUCAGCUCGUGCCUUGCUUUAUUUGGAAGAGUUUAUUGGUUCAAAUCGUGCAGCUCUCGAGUUAUCAUCAACACUCGCGUCUUUUCAAAGUUAUUUUCUCGCUCUCGAUGAACCGGACGGAGUUGAAGGAAUCAGUGCAAUCAAGAGUCCACCUUCACUAGUCGACUCAAUAAUCAACCAUGAGGCCAAUAGUGAACUUCAUUAUUCACUAUCAUGUUGUGAAAUUGCCAUAAAAAAGGAUCCAGAUAAUAUUGUUUAUCCUCAAAUGUUAUUAAGAUGUUUGAUGAAUCUUGAUCAACAAGCGACAGCUUUGAAUUAUGCUACUGGUAUAAUGAAGCGAAAAAAAGAAUGGCUUGAGGCGAUUUAUCCAUUUGCAGUUGAAGCUUCAUGGAAAUUGAAUAGUUGGGAUGAUUUAAGUGGAAUACUUAAAGAAAAUCAAACAAUACAAUGUGAUUCAUUAGGUGUUAGUAUUGGACAUCUGAUUGAUUUGAUUCGUAAACAAGAUCAGAUUAACUUUAAUCUUAUGUUAAAGGAGAUGCGUAAACGUGAGAUGGACCCGUUAUCUGGAUGUGCAUUGGAACAAGGAGCUUACAUUCGGGGUUAUCAACAUGUUUUACGACUUCACAUGUUGACCGAUGUAGAAAUGUUUUCUCAAUUUGUUUUCAAGCAUCUUAAUAGACCAGGUUGUUCAACAAAUUAUCAAGAAAACGGAAUGGAAAUCGAUCUAGAAAUUGAUUUAGAAAACGAUACGGAAAAUGUUAGAAAAAACGAUCAAAGUCUCAUUGACUUUCAAAAUCUCAUUCGUGACUGGCAGCGUCGUAAUGAUCUUGUCCAAUCUUCACUUCGAUGUCAAGAACAAGUAUUUAACCUUCAACGCGUUUUACUUUCACUGAAAGACGUACUACCUGUUCAAACCAGCUAUGAACGCGCGACCUUUUCCUUGGCGAGCGCUAAACUUGCACGAAAAAGCCAAAAUUUACAACGAGCGUACACUCAUCUUGUAGAAAGUAAAGAUUUAAUCAAAGCCGCUAAAUUGCCGAUUGCCCUUGCUAUGCACUCGGAAAUUGAAAUGGCCAAAUUUAAUUGGAGUAAAGGGGACCAAGAAUCAAGAGAACGCUGUUAUAAAGGUCUUAAAAAAGCUCUCGAUAAGUUUCAAGAUAUAAGUGAUUCGCCAGGUUUUGAUCGUGGAAAACUGACCAAAAUUAAAUUAUUGUUCUCAAAAUUUUCUGAGCAUUUAGCUAAUCUUGAAACUGAUGCUUUAAUUGACAAGUACAAAGAUAUAAUUAAUGACAUGCGUAACUUGAAAUCGGUCUCUGAAGAGCCGUAUUUCUGUGUGGCCCGGUACAUGGACAGUUUAAUGAAGGCCAUGGAGCUGAAGAAUCCUAAGCGGCCAUCUUUAAUGAUGAAAGUAGCGAAAUAUUAUUUCACUUCAUUAAGAUUUGGAUCGAAACAUGUUUACGAAUCGAUGCCUCGUCUAUUAUCAAUAUGGUUUGAUUUGGGCUCUUCUAAUGCAGAAAUUUCAAAGGCAAAGGCCAAUGAAACAUUACGAAAUGAUUACACAAAAUACUGUAAUGAUUUGACCGAGUUCAUGGGUAAAACGAGAGGGUCAAUACCCAUACACCUUUUCUACACUGCAUUUGCUCAGAUUUUAUCUCGUAUUUGUCACAGCAAUUUGGCAAUUAGUGAAGUGCUUAUGAACAUACUCUCGAGUUUACUGCAAGAAUAUCCAAAUCAAUCGAUGUGGAUGUUGAUGGGAGUUCUUAUGAAUGGUAAAAAUAAAGUUCGUGCCGAGAAAUGUUCACAAAUAAUCCGUAGAGCGAUCGCUGAAAUCGAGAAAAGUGUAACGGGUUCCAAGAAACUAGCAGAUUUGACCCAUAGAAUGCAAUAUUUUGCUAAAUUGUUGAUCAAAUUGUGUCACCAUGAAGUUCCUCCUAACGCCCGAUCAUUUCAUGUUAACAAAGUGGUGCCCGAAUUAAAUGAUAGACUUACCAAAGGUCAACUAGGUAAAAUUAUGUUACCUUAUCAAUCCUCCAUGAGUGUACGUAUGAAUAACAAAUACGAAUCACCAGGAUCAUUUCGACCAUUUCCCAGUGAUGCGGUUUACAUUUUGAAAUUCGACCCCGUUGGUGAGGUACUUUCUUCUCAAGCGAAGCCGAAAAAAGUUAUCAUCCAUUGUUCGGAUGGUAAAAAGUACGUGGUAAUGUGUAAACCGAAAGAUGACCUUCGUAAAGAUGCUCGAACUAUGGAGUUUAACAAUCUUAUUAAUCGACUUUUAAAGAGAGAUCCCGAAACUCGUAAACGGCGUCUUCACAUUCGCACUUAUACCGUUGUGCCGUUGGACAAUGAUUGUGGCCUCAUCGAAUGGGUAAAUAAUACUAGAAGUUUGAAAGACUCCAUUGACCUUGCUCGUAUCUUCCGUCACCCAAAGAGUCCUUAUCCAAAUGUCCAAUAUUUGGCCGCAAAUGUAAUGCAUCCAAAGAUAACCAAAGAAGGUCCAGAGGAAACUCGUGUGAAAAAUUUUCGCGAUGUAAUGAAACUUUUCAGUCCACCAAUUAUGGGCGAUUAUUAUGUUCAAACGUUUCCCGAUCCAACUUCAUGGUACAUGGCAAGAGUUGCUUUCACCCGAUCAGCAGCGGUAAUGAGUGUUGUCGGUUAUAUCAUUGGACUUGGUGAUCGACACUCUGAAAAUUUAUUACUCGACUCGAGUAACGGUGAAGUAUUACAUGUUGAUUUUAACAUGUUGUUCAAUAUCGGUGAGAAACUAGAAGUUCCCGAGCGAGUACCAUUCAGAUUGACCCAUAAUAUGAUCGCCGCGAUGGGAGUGACCGGUUAUGAAGGUGCUUUCCGACGAACCUGUGAGGUCACUUUAAAAUUGAUGAGAGAAAAGAAAGAAGCGCUUAUGAGUGUCUUACAACCAUUCGUUUAUGAUCCACUUUGCGAAUGGAAAAAACCUCAACCCAGAACUCGAAAUUCGACCGCUCGAAGUGGAUCGACCAAUGACAAAGAAACCGUUGAAACGACAAACGUUUUGGCUGUUGAGUAUCUCGAUUUAAUUGCGAAUCGUCUCAAGGGAAGCGUUAAAACUACUUCUUCGUUAUCUGUUUCAGGUCAAGUGCAAUACCUAAUUGACGAAGCAACGAAUGAAACUAAUCUCAACAGGAUGUACAUUGGUUGGUGUGCUUUCUACUGAAUCUCAACUUUAAUCGACUUGAUGACUUACAAUUAACACUUUCAACAAUUACUAAUCAACUAUACAAUUAUCUCCAAUUAUCAAAAUUCAUUAAACGAAAUUGCAAACAAUCAGGAAUUAGAUUUUCCAUUUAAUGACAAUUCAAGCACCUCAACACUUACCCUUCCUAUUAUACUCUUGAAAUUAUUAAUUAUUACAUGUAAUUAGUUAAAAUUAUUAUACACGAUCAAGUACAAACUGACAAAUUCCCUCUAAUUGUUAUAAAACUUUCUCAAAGACUUUUAUUCUGGUAGAUUAAUUCAAAUUAUUUUCUCCCCACAAAUCCAAAGAUUCAAUUUCUAUUAAUAUUAAUAGUUUAUCAAUUGUGUUAAUUGUAUCAAAUCAACGAUUCAACUUGAAAUCAUCAUCUCAACUAAUCAUGAUGCUAAUUGUUACUCUAUCUUUUGCCACCAAAUGCAAAACUAAAUUGUUACUAGUAAAUAACAUGACCAACGAUUGACCUUGAAAACAGUUUUGCGUUUAUCCUCAUCCUCGUCAUCUUCAUCUUCAUCUUCAUCUUCAUCAUCUUCAACAGGUCAACCUAUUUUUGUAUUAAACUUAAUGUUAACCUGGUUAAUUGUAAGACCAGGAAAAUUGUACCAAACAAAAAACAACAAUAAAUAUGUAAUUGUUUUGUUUUCCCAUCUAAUAAUAA